UGCAACGCAGAUUUAUGGGUAAUCUGCCAAUAACUUCCGUUUACCGGCUGUACACAGAGCAGAUUUCUUUAAAAAAUUAAUAAGAAAACAUGGGUAUGCGUAGAGCAAGAAGCACUAAAAGCCCACCGGUUUUUAGCCACGAGUUCGUUAUACAGAACCAUGCUGACAUUACAUCGUGCGUCGCAAUGGUUUUUGUGGUUGGACUAAUGUUUCAGGCUACACAGCCAAUUGCUUCAUUGUUUGUCACCUUGCAGCACAACAUCACAGUGAAUGCUACUGAUUCAUCAGAGACAUUCUCCCUGUUUACAUGUGGCCUUAAAGAUGUUUUCACUACUUUCUUUUACCUGCUCAUCUGCAUUAUUGCACAUGCAGUUGUCCAGGAAUACGCCCUUGAUAAACUGAACCGCAAGAUGCACCUGUCAAAGGUGAAGCACAGCAAGUUUAACGAGUCCGGACAGCUGCUCACUUUCUACUUCGGCUCUGCGGUGUGGGGAGCAGACACCAUUGUCAGGGAGGGCCUGCACAACAUCAACCAGCUAUGGGAGGACUAUCCCCACGCCAACAUGUCCUUUGUCAUGAAGAUCUACUUUAUCAUCCAGCUGGCAUACUGGCUCCAUGGCUUUCCAGAGCUCUACUUCCAGAAGACAAAGAAGGAUGAAAUGCAAGGCAGAAUUCAGUACACUGUCCUCUACCUGGUGUUCAUUUUAGGUGCCUAUGCACUGAAUUUCAAUCGAGUGGCACUAAUACUGCUGGUUCUACACUACAUCGUUGAGUUUGUGUUCCACCUGGCCAGACUAGUGUACUUUGCUGAGAAGACGGACGUCGCUAACCACUGCUUCAUGGUCUUCAACGUGCUGUUUGUCCUUGUUCGUCUAGGAUCCAUAACACUCGCCUUCCUCACCUUCUGGUACGGACUGCAGCUCAGUGGCCAGGAAGCCAUUGAUAUUGCAACUGGCAAUUUCAAUACAAAACUUUUUAGAAUCAACUGUCUGGCGGCUACGUGCCUUCUGCAGGCCUGGAUGAUGUGGAACUUCAUCACGUUCCACCUGCGCAGGCUGAGAGAACGCGCUGCUGUUGCACGCAAACCUCGCUCCUCCUCUCCGAUGAAGAAGAAGGGCAAAGGUGAGUAAUCUCUAGAAGAUGAUAUCUCAUCAUUGCCCGAAGUUGACCAGAAUACAGCUCAGAAUGGCGCACGACUACGAAAAACUAAGAAAUAAACAUAAUUAGUAUUUAAAAAAUACUUAAAAUUAAUGGUAACCUUGCAAUGCAUCUUAAAGAGCACCAUUGUUCAGUAUUGCUUGGCAUUCAAUCAAAUGUGUAACAAUGGACUGCAUUGCUUGGUAUUCUUGUCUACACAAUCUUGACUAAUCAAUUGUAUUAUUUUUUCAACUAAAGUGUACAUAUGAAGUUAUUGAAUUUCAAAUUUAGUAAAAUUGAAUGAAUUUAAAUCUGCAGUAAAAUUUACAGAACUGUGCAUAAUUAUAUAAAUAAAUCUAUAUAUAUAGUCAUUUUUCUGAAAGUAAAUUUUAUAGAUGUUGUAUUUAAAACUUAGAUUUAGGGAGUGAUUGUUGUAUAGAUGGCAACAGUUUAGUAAAGAUGAUAUAACAAUAGGCUAGCCAAGGACUCUAUUACACUUGGUUAGCAGGUAUUUAUGAUACAAGCGUAUAACAUCAAUGUUUUAUAGUAAAGAAGACGCAUAAGCAAAGUCAUUUAUUGUAAUUUUGUAUUAAUAACUAAUGCUGUAUGGCAGGCACAGUGGUUGGUACACUGGCUUCUCACCUAGGCAGCCCAGGUUCAAUUCCCGAUCCCGGCAGCGUUUGAGUUUGGUUAGUGGUCACCAUACUGGAAAGGUGGGGUUUCCUCCUGGUGUUCCGGUUUUGCCCCACAACUCAAAACCAACCCAUAAUUUAAAAUCUUUCAGUCACAACAAAAAAGCUGAAAAUUGCAGCUUUCAUUUAAAAAUUAUUCCCAAUUUUUGUGAAUACAGUAAGUUAAUUAGGUAGGGGUGCGGGGGCACACUCUGGCUCCAUAUUGUAGCCUCUGGCUUGGAAAGGACCUAAUAAACUUCCCAAUACACUCACAAUAUGUCUAUGAAACAUUUAUCGGGUCUUGUUGGUAUGUUAAUAGUUCUGGUGGUAUUUCAGAAAGAUUUAAAAAGUUCAACUUUUCUUCCAGUACAGUAAUGAAUUUUGUUGACGGCUUUCCAGUGCUAUGUUUAUCUAUCUAUACUGUCUAACUCUUCUUGCGGGUAUUAUUGACAGUUAAACUGAUUUCAUUAGUUUGUAUUAUGUCUGUUUGUAAGAAGGUUUUUACUCUACAGUACAUGUUUCUCUCGCUGGCAAUUACAUGUUUGGUGUUUGAAAAGAUCUGAAAAUUAUGCCUUGUACCGAAAAAUUGUGUAAUUGGUAGGCAAAAUCAAAGAUUUGUGUGUGCAUAUUCUUUGAAAACUUUCUAGUCAGUUGAAAGCAAAUGAUCGCAUUUUUCUCUUUCAUUGUUUUAUGAACCUGCAUAUAGAAUAAUUUACAUUGAAUGUGUAUAUAUAAUGCACUGCUUUCAGCUCACCUGAGCAAAACAUGCUUACUCAUGGUGAGCUUUUGUCAUUGCUGUUUGAAACUUAAGUUCCUAGGGGUUUCAGAUUAGGGCCUUGGCCCUCUUGUCAAAAUAUAACUUUGAAAAGAGAAACAGCUUUAAUGGAUAUUUAAGAUUGAUAUCAACUUUGCUGUAUUAAUGAUUUUAGUUUUGAACAAUUUUUCAAACAAUCAUUUUUGCAGCUGUAAGAAAUGAACAUUCAACUAAAUAAACAAAAGUUUAAAAAAAAUGUAAUUUUACAAAGGCAUCGAGCCAUGUAAGGUUAAGGUUCAUGAUUGCCAGAUAUUUUGCCUUUUUAAAUUGCUUGAAUGUAGGAGUGAGUGUUUUUAUUUUAUUUAUCACAUUCUGUAAAAAAGUACUUGUACCAAAUCAGAUAUAUGCCCGUAAUUAUCAUAUGUAUAUAUUUAUGAAUAUAUUGCAAUGGCCACCAUCAAAACAAUGAAUUAUAAAUAUGCUGGAAUAAUCCAAAUAUUAGUUUUUUUAACACUGUAGAUAUUUGUUUUUAUCUUAACAAUUGACAAUAUUUCCUACCCGUAAAGAAGAUAUGAAUUAUUAUGCUUCAUAUGUUAUAGUUGUUGUCUUGCAUUAUUUCUUCAUUUUUAAGCAUUGCACAAUACAUAACAAAAUUGUGUUACAUUUUAUUUGAAUUGGUUAUUUAACAUGUGUACACAUUUCAAUCAAAUAUAUGCUUAUGAUCUAGUUCAUAGCUCUUAAACAUGCGUUUAUGUAACGGUAUAAAUGUGAUAAUGUAUCAUCAGAUAUCUUUUAAGAGUAUUGUAUUGCAAUUUGAUUGCCCGAAAAGCUAUUUUACAGAGAUCUCUGAAGUGUAUUAACAAUGAAUGUUCAUGAAAUGAAAAGUAAUUCUAAGAGAUUGUUAUGCAAAACAUCUGGCACAUAUAUUUGCUAUGAAAAGAACGUUCCGAAGAACAGAAUCAGUAGGUGUCAUACACUUCCUGACUUGACUGGAUUUUUGUAAAUAAAAAAUUUCACAAAAGCAAAAAUUGUCAUAUGUGAUAAAACUUUUGUGGACUACUUAGGCUUAGCCCACUUUUCCCUGAGCGUAUCUCAUUUGUAUGCUGCAGUAUGACAGUCAUAAAUGUUUCCUAUAUUGGAAGAGGCUCAUUAUUUCUGUGUAUUGGUGGGCAUUGUUUUAUCUCUUGGUAUGUUGUAUUCAUGAAUCGUAACAUGCUUCUAAUUAUGUUGUGUAGUUUGAGGCUGGGCCUGCUAGCUCUGUUUGUGAAGUGCUUGUCAGUCUGUCUGAUAUUUGUAACUUCUCUAAAAGACUCAAUUACAUAACUUGUUGUUGAUUGGUUUUAUAAGUACAAGCUUAUCAAGGAUACACUUUCAGCAUGUAUGGUAUUUUUCGUUUAAAAGGAAUCUCUUUUAAACAUAAAAUCCAGUCAAGAGUUUAUAGCAAAAAAAGUAAGAUAUAUGGCUACAUUUCUGAUUUAUAAGUUUUCAUUAUGUGUUUAUAGAAAAUAAUUUCUUAAAACUGUGCAAGUACUUUCUAAACUUAAAACAAUCUUUCUCAAAUCUCUGAAUAAGAAGAUUGUUUGUCAGCUUCUUGCUGUUGACUUCAUAGAAGAUAGGCUUAUCAGACACGCUGUAUUUCUCUGCAUGUACAUUUUUUGCUCUUUUAAGUCAUUCUUUCCUUAUUUUAAGGAUUGAGAAUAUUUUAUGUUAGAACAGACUAUACGAUGUAUGAAUUCAAAUUGUUAGGUAUGUGUUAUUUUACUUGUAAAAGUAUACGAGUCAGAAUAAAUGCGACAAGAACAUUG